AUGGCACGUUUGCAUUUGGACGCGCCGUGGUCUCCGCUGUCUUCACGCCGUGAGCAGCUAAGACCUGGCAAUGCGGCAUUACAGUGGGCUUGUGGGCGGAGAGGGAGAGUUACGAUUGUGACGGUGGUGCUGUUCAUCGUGAUGCUCGUAUUGUCAGGUGCGAGGCGAUCAGGGACUCUGACCUCGUCUUACCGAAGUUUUUCGUCGAACCUCGAUCAAUUCUCGACCUGGCGACCGCACCUGCCGCACCUCCCCUCUUCGAUACCGACAUCAAUCCGCAAGCCAUCACAGACUGCCCUCUUACUUGAAGAUGGCGCCAUGUCCCACGUGCCGGGUAACCUUCAUAAAUCGUCGCCGAAUUUCCACCUGCUUCUGUCAUCGCUCGAACACGACAUAAGUUUCUGCAAGACUACUAUGUCCGCCAUGAUCAUGAACUAUCCACCUCCCACCAUCGUUAGCCCGUUUGUGAGUUCCGCGAGAAAGGCGGAUUGGGAGAAAGCGAAGCUAAAGGAUGUGCUUGCGUACCUUGAGGAUAAGAGGGUGGUCAAGGACAAUGAUCUCGUAAUGCUCGUCGACGGGAGGGAAACUUGGUUCCAGCUACCGAGUGAGCUAGCGAUCAGGCAAUACAUGACUGUCGUGGCAGAUGCGAACCGCCGUGUAAAGAAGGAGUACGGUGAAGGUUUCGCGGAAACGAUUGUUUUCGGGGCAAAGAAAACGUGUGAAGGAGAUGACGUUGCGUGUAGACAUAUGCCAUCCUCUGUUCUGCCGCGAGAUACCUACCGUACUGGCGAGGGAAUGAAGGAGACGGAAGAGCUUGUCCCGGCGCAAUAUUUGGAUGCGGACAUUUUCAUGGGGCCAGUCAAAGACCUAAGAGCGCUUUACCAGACGGCACUGCUGGUCUUGGAUGAAGGCAAAAGCCAAUAUCGGACAGUGCAGUCAGUCAUGAAAACUCUCUUCGGAGAGCAGAUGUUGGCACGACGCAUAUACAAGCAAGAAAACAGACCCGCACCCUUGAAGAUGAUUGCCCAUAUUUCCGGAACACUCAAGGGCUCUAAGAAUAAGGAUCAGACGAGUGAUUUCACACUUCAAGAGAAUCGCCAGUACGAAUUCUCCAUCUGUCUGGACUACACGCAUGCACUAUUCCAGCCUUUGAUGGAAUGCGCUGAAGAUGAACUCGUGAUCACCCAACCCACCAAUGCAUCCGAAACCACGCUGAAGGAUCGUCAGCAGAUGCUACACAUUUCCUCUGACCUACCGUCCGCUUUCGUCAAUGCCACAGGGCCUUUCUGGAGACCCGACGAUUCGACCAACGAUCCCUCUCCAAACGACAAAUCAGCCUAUAUCGAUAAGCUGGAAUACAAAUAUGGACUAGACAAGCUUCCCCGCCGCGACACAGCCUGGACCAAUAUAUCACUGAUUCAGAACACGUACACUGGCGCGAUACCAGCGACCUUCCGCGCGGCUCGAGAGAGUAACUCACGAGGAAACAAACAGAUCCCACAAACUCCCGAUGAGAACAAUGCUGUUGCAAACUUCAAGAAUGGAAACAUAACUUGGACAUCGCUCUGGUAUGCCGGCUACGAGCGCGCCCUUCUCCGCCGCUACUUCCGCACACCUCAGUCGCCUAUGGGUUAUCACACCGCAGCUGUUGGAGGGGACCUCCUCUGGGAUCAACGCGGCGGGCGCGGGGGCGUCUGGACCGCCGAUUUCAGCCUCUGGCUUCCGUGGGGCGAAGUGGACGGGGUGUGUGGGACGUAUGACCUAGUAAGUAGCGUUUUCGGGGACAAGAAGGGCGUUUGGUUACAUGAGGAUGAAGAAGGCGGUGGUAAGAAGGGCAGGGAGCAAGAAGAGGCAGAGCUGAGAAAGCACUAUGAAGAAGAGAGGAAGCAGGACCAAGAGUGGAUGCAAAAGAUGGAAGAGGAGAGGCUGGAGAAAGAGAAGAAGGAAAAGGAGGAAAAGGAGAGGGCACAAAGGGAGAAGGAAAGAGAGGCGAAGGAGAAGCAAGAGAGGGAGCGGAAGGCGAAGGAAGAAGCGGAUAGGAAGGCAGCGGAAGACGCUGCUGUUGCCAUUGAUGCCGUUGCUUCAACGGCUGCUGGCGGGGUGAAGAAUAGUGCAGUCAAAAACGCUGCGCCGGACAUCGCGAUGAAGCAGGGUCGACAGCAGUACCAACAACGAAGACGGCGGGGCGCAUAG